CAAUCAUUCAUUUAUCCUCACAAUUAUUUAUUGUUCUACUUGGAUAUAUCACUCCCUCCGCCCCAAUUCACAUAUUUUGGAUUAUGCAAACUUCAUAUUCUGUCAAAUACAGAAAAUAUUUCACUAUAAACAAAGCUAAAGAAAAUUGGAAAUGGACAACCAUCAAAGCAGCAGCAGCACAAGGAGAAAACUUAUACUUGGACUCAAUUGUAUCACUCUUGGCAUAGGAUACUGUGGUGGCCCUUUAAUCUCACGCCUCUAUUUCCUCCAUGGUGGCCAAAGAAUUUGGCUUUCGAGUUGGCUAGCAUGCAUUGGAUGGCCAAUUAGUUUCAUUGUUCUCAUCGUUGGCUAUUUUUUUCGCCGUAAAACCCAAGGCUCUGAUACCAAUUUGUUCAUCGUUACUCGUCAGGAGUUCACAUCAUCGGCCGCGCUAGGCAUACUUGUUGGCCUAGCUGGUUAUCUUUACGCGUGGGGUCCUGCAAAACUCCCUGUUUCGACUUCAACCAUAAUUUAUGCGGCACAGCUCGGAUUCACUGUGGUAUUUUCUUUUCUCAUAGUGAAGCAGAAAUUAACCGCAUAUUCGACGAAUGCGGUUGUUUUAUUGAUGGUUGGAGCGGGAACUUUAGCACUUCGGGCUGACAGUGAUAGACCAUCAGGAGAGGCAACUAAACAGUAUGUUUUGGGAUUUGUUAUGACACUUUUGGCUGCGGCGUCAACAGGGCUUGCUCUACCUUUACUUGAGUUGAUUUACAUUAAGGCUAAAAAAACUGUCACUUACACUAUGGUUUUGGAGAUUCAGAUGAUACUAAACAUAUUUGGUUUUUCUUUUUGCACUGUUGGAAUGAUUGUUAACAAGGAUUUUCAGGCUAUUUCGAGAGAGGCAAGCCAAUUUGAGCUAGGAGAAGCUAAAUAUUAUUUGGUGCUAGUAUGGAGUGCCAUUAUUUGGCAAUUUUCAACACUAGGAAUUGCUGGAGUAGUUCAAUAUGGUUCAUCAUUGCUAUGUGGAAUUUUAAUUGCUUUCUUACUUCCCCUCACAGAACUAUUAGGUGUACUUUUAUAUCAUGAAACAUUUCAAGUUACAAAGGGGCUUGCUAUAUUCCUAUCUCUUUGGGGAUUUGUUUCAUAUUUCUAUGGUGAAAUGAAACAAAGCCAGAAGAAGAAAGAGGAAGAUACAAUUCUCCAAACAGAAAUGGUUCAAAUCUCACCUGUUUGAUCUUAUUGGUAUUUCUUUUGUAUGAUGUCAUGAAUAAAUCUACUUUGAUGUCCUAUAUCAGUAGUCGUGCAGUAUCAAGGUUUGUUUAGCAUAAAGAAAAAUCUUAUGAAA